AUGUUUUGGCAGACCGCAGAAAACUACGUGCCAGGCUGCAUGCGGCUCGCGGGCCGCAGAUUAAUAAGUUCUUUCUUUCUUUCUUUCUUUCUUUCUUUCUUUCUUUCUUUCUUUCUUUCUCGCCUUUCUUUCUCGACUUUCUUUCUUUCUUUCUUUCUUUCUUUCAUUUUCUCUGUUGAAACCAAGCUUCCGUUCCUAAUCAGUUGCAAGCCCAAAUCCAGCAACUGUUAUCGAUUCGGAGAAAAUAACUUCCAUCCUUUUUUUCUUUUUCUUUUGAGAAAUAGGGUCUUUCUUUCUUUCUUUCUUUCUUUCUUUCUUUCUUUCUUUCUUUCUACAUCCUCCUCUACCGACUUAUAUAUUUCUUUCAUUUGUUCUUUCUUUCUUUCUUUUCAUACAGUAAUUUUAUUUUCAAACUCUAUUUCUUUCUUUCUUUCUUUCUUUCGUUCGUGCGUUUUUUCUUUCUUUCUUUCUUUUUCUUUCUUUCUUUAUUUUCAAACUCUAUUUCUUUCUUUCUUUUUCUUUCAUUCGUUCGUGCGUUCUUUCUUUCUUUCUUUCUUUUUUCUUUCUUUCUUUCUUUUUUCUUUCUUUCUUUCUUUCUUUCUUUUCAAACUGUAUUUCUUUCUUUCUUUCUUUCUUUCGUUCGUGCGUUCUUUCUUUCUUUCUUUUUUUCUUUCUUUCUUUAUUUUUAAACUGUAUUUCUUUCUUUCUCUCGUUCGUGCGUUUUUUUCUUUCUUUCUUUCUUUCUUUUUUUCUUUCUUUCUUUCUUUUCAAACUGUAUUUCUUUCUUUCUUUCGUUCGUGCGUUCUUUCUUUCUUUCUUUCUUUUUUCUUUCUUUCUUUUUUCUUUCUUUCUUUCUUUUCAAACUCUAUUUCGUUCUUUCUUUCUUUCUUUCUUUCGUUCGUGCGUUCUUUCUUUCUUUCUUUAUUUUCAUACAAUAUUUUUUAUUUUCAAACAAUAUUUCUUUAUUUCUUUCUUUAUUUUGCAUUUUACAUCUAA